UUUCCUCUCUCAAAUCAGAGGUUGCAUUUUUCAGGUAUUUCCCCACAUCCCAGGGGCUGGAUUUCUGGUUUGUGAAAGGAGUGGUGUGUUAAUACCUCGCCGCCAGGACCCCAGACAGCCACUCUCUAACCUGUCCUCCACUGCCCAACAACCAUGAGGUCUCUGCCAUGCGGAUUGCUGCUGCUCUGCCUGAUCCUCGUUGGCCAGGAGUGUGGAGCUUUGGUUGAGUACAGGAAUGCCGCGGCACUGAGUGCAGGCCUGUGCCGGACUCGGCCCAUGGACCUGGUCUUCAUCGUCGACAGCUCGCGCAGCGUGCGGCCCUCCGAGUUCGAGCAGGUCAAGGUCUUCCUGACCAAGGUGAUCGAGGGGCUGGACGUGGGGCCCAACGCCACACGCGUCGGGGUGGUCAACUACGCCAGCGGGGUGAAGAACGAAGUGUCCCUCAAGACGUAUCGCAACAAGGCGGCCCUGGUCAAAGCAGUCACCAAGAUCGAGCCCCUGGCCACCGGCACCAUGACCGGCCUGGCCAUCCAGUUCGCCAUGAACGUGGCCUUCAGCGAGGCCGAGGGCGCCCGAGUGCGCUCCUCCGACAUCAGCAAGGUGGCCAUCAUCGUGACGGAUGGGCGUCCUCAGGACAACGUGAAAGACGUGGCAGCGCGGGCCCGGGAUCUGGGGAUCCAGAUAUUCGCCAUUGGCGUGGGGCGGGUGGACAUGAACACGCUGCGACAGAUCGCCAGCACACCCCUGGAGGACCACGUCGACUACGUGGAAAGCUACAGUAUCAUUGAGAAACUCACCAAGAAGUUCCAGGAGGCCUUCUGUGCCUGCAGCUCCUCUGCCACUGACGUGGUCUUCCUGAUCGAUGGCUCCAAGAGCGUGCGGCCUGAGAACUUUGAGCUGGUCAAGAGGUUCAUCAACCAGAUCGUGGACAAGCUGGAUGUGGCAGAGAACAAAGCCCACGUGGGGCUGGUGCAGUACUCCAGCUCAGUGAGGCAGGAGUUCCCUCUAGGCCUAUACAACACCAAGAAGGACCUGAAGGACGCGGUCAAGAACAUGUCCUACAUGGAGAAGGGCACCAUGACUGGCCAGGCUCUGCGGUACCUGGUGGACAACAGCUUCUCAGUCAGCCACGGGGCUCGUCCUGGAGUUUCCAAGGUGGGCAUUGUGUUCACCGAUGGCCGCUCCCAGGACUACAUUGGGGAUGCUGCCAAGAAGGCCAAGGAAAAGGAGUUUAAGAUGUAUGCAGUAGGAGUUGGCAACGCUGUGGAAGACGAGCUGAAGGAGAUUGCCUCAGAUCCACAGCAUUACUUCUACACAGCCGACUUCAAGACCAUUAACCAGAUCGCAAAAAAACUGCAUGUCAAAGUCUGCAAGGAAGAAAACCCCUGUGAAUGUGAAUCCAUCGUCAAGUUCCGGACAAAAGUAGAGGAUGACAUAAAAGCGUUAACAAAAAAAACUGGAAGCAGUAACAAAGAGAAUCGCAGCGCUGGAGAACAAAAUCGUCUAAAGCCAAGCAGGAACCUCGUCAAUCAUCUUCGCCACCACCUCCUUCCCUGCACUCCUUCCUACCCUUCGUCUUCCAAGCCACAUUCUGAAACAUACUGAAGACCCUUCCUGGCCAGGCCCGCAGGAGGUGGGCCCAGCUUUUCUCUUGCAUCAUGGAAAGGUGUUGCUUUGCUUCUGUGCAGCUGUCACUGGCACCAAAGACCAUUGCUAACACUCUGAGCAAAGCACUGAACUUGAGUGUUAGUCAGCACUGUUCUGCAGAGUGGGCUAUCACUUAAACCCCCCGGCUUUAUCUGCAUCUACACCCCUGGUGAUGUCUGGUGAGGUGUAUAGAAAUAUUUAUUUACUUUACCAACAGCAAGGUGGAUCAGAUUUAUUGUGUGUAUAACUGUCUCUUAGUUUCUUCACUUUCUACUAUCUCACUACACAAAGGUAUCUAUUAUAUAUGAUAUAAAAAGCUAAUUUAAUAUAUGAUUGGACUCUACAAACUUACGUUUUGGUGCUUGUUUUUAUAAAUUAAACUAGAAUAUAAUACUUCGUCAUGAGUCAUGUAUUGCACACAGCCCCAAGCUUGAUGCUGAAAGAAAAACUCCAAUUCGCUUUCCGUUGCUGAAAACCCAGAGCCUUCUCUUAACUAAAGGAGACUUUAGCGUCCCCAGUUUGCCUUACUCCAGCGCAAGGACAGUGGUUACAAAUUUGGUUCAUUCUCCUGGGUUGUUAACAACGCAAUCUUUCAGGACUGUGGGAUCGACCUUCAGACAAACCACCCUCCUCUGACCAGUGAGGCAAUCAUUAAACUGUAAACUGGGUUUGUUUGCAGGACAUGAAAAACCAAACAUUAAAAAAUGCUGAAAAUGA